AAGAGAUGUAAAAAGUAGUUUUUUUUUCCUUUUAAAUUAAGGUAUAAGGUAUAGCCAUAUGCAAAGGCAGCCCAUAGUUUUCAUCUGCGGACAAACGGCCAUUGGCUGGUCAACCAUUGGAAAUGGCCAUCCUAUUCGAUCAGCAGAUGUGUAUUACUUCUGUGCCUGGGUGUUCAUCAGCAGUUCAGCACAGACCACCUGAUGCUCGUGUCUAUAAAUACGGCCCCAAACCUGUCCUGGGAUCGAGAGAAGCAGCACUUUCACAAGUUCAGACGAAUUUAACUGAGUUUGGUUUUGGCCGUAGCUGAAAAAGAUAAGGUCACCAUGGAGAAGCUCUCCACGGCGGCAUCUCUCUUCUGCGUGGUCGUCGCCGCCACGGCUCUGGCCAUGGCGGUGGUCGGCGGCGAGGCGGCUGUGGUGGAGCAGACUUUCAUGGUACAUGAGAUGAACGUGACACACCUGUGCAACACGACCAAGAUCUACGUGGUGAACGGGCGGUUUCCAGGGCCAACGGUUGAUGUGACGGAGGGCGAUACCGUGGUCGUCCACGUCAUCAACAGGCUGCCACAUGGGCUUACUAUCCACUGGCACGGUGUCCGCCAGAUGCGGAGCUGCUGGGCUGAUGGGGCUGGCUACGUCACCGAGUGUCCUAUCCAUCCUGGUGGCGAGAAAACCUACCGCUUCAAUGUUACUGGCCAGGUCGGCACGCUGUGGUGGCAUGCCCACGUCACCUGCCUCCGUGCUACCAUCAAUGGUGCCUUCAUCAUCCGUCCCCGCAACGGAAAGUACCCUUUUCUGACACCUGCCAAGGACGUGCCGAUCAUCAUAGGUGAAUGGUGGGAGCUUGAUCUCAUAGAGCUGGACAGGAGGAUGCUAGAUGGCAACUUCGACGACAACCCAUUGUCGGCGACCAUCAAUGGUAAGCUCGGUGACCUUAGCAAUUGCUCGAGCACGGUAGAGGAGAGCUUUGUGCUCGAUGUGAAGCGCGGGGAGAGCUACCUCCUCCGGGUCAUCAACACCGCGCUCUUCUCUGAAUACUACUUCAAGGUCGCCGGCCACACGUUCACCGUGGUUGGCGCCGAUGGCAACUACCUGACCCCGUACAAGACGGACAUGGUCACCGUCGCACCGGGCGAGGCCAUCGACGUGCUCAUGUUCACCGACGCGCCGCCAGCGUACUACCACAUGGUCGCAUUGGCCAACCAGCCGCCGCCGCCGGACCUCCAGAUCCCGCAGCUCACCUCCCGUGGCCUCAUCCGCUAUGCUGGUGCCGCCAUGGACAGCAACAACCUCCCCAUGCCAAUGCCUGUCAUGCCUGACCAACACAACACCAUGCCGUCCUACUACUUCCGCCGCAACCUCACCGGUCUCGCACUGCCGGAGCAGCAGCAGCGCCACCGCGUGCCUGCCCACGUCGACGAGCGUCUCCUCAUCACGCUCGGCCUUGGCUCCAUUUGCCGUGGCGGCAACACAACAACGUGCAAGCGCGGGCGCAGCCCGGAGACGGUGGUGGUGGCCACCAUGAACAACGUCUCGUUCCACCACACCAACGCCACCGCCCUGCUGGAGCACUACUACGAUGGCAGGCCGGAGGGCGUGUAUACGGAGGACUUCCCUGUCCGGCCGCCGCGGCCAUUCAACUACACCGACCGGGAGCUUAUCCCGGCAGGCCCGCUCGAGGCGGCGCUGGAGCCGACAGCGAAGGCGAUGAGGCUUCGGCGGUUCAGGUACAACGCGUCGGUGGAGAUCGUGUUCCAGAGCACCACGCUGCUGCAGAGCGACUCCAACCCGAUGCACCUCCAUGGCUAUGACGUGUUCGUGCUCGCGCAAGGGCUCGGCAACUUCGAUCCCAAGAGGGAUGUCGAGAAGUUCAACUACCACAAUCCCCAGUUGAGGAACACCGUGCAGGUUCCACGUGGUGGGUGGGCUGCCGUCCGCUUCCUCGCAGACAAUCCAGGGAUGUGGUACCUGCACUGUCACUUCGAGUUCCACAUAAUUAUGGGCAUGGCGACGGCAUUCAUCGUGGAGGACGGACCGACGCCUGAGACCAGCCUGCCUCCGCCACCACCAGAAUUCAAGAGAUGUGGCACCAAUGGCCUUAGUCAACCUUGAGAGUUUUGAAUGGUUGCGAGACAGCGAAGUCCAAAAUUUUUUACUACUAUGGACAAGUAAAAAAAUAAAUAAAAGAUGUGUGGAUAUAUGUAUGCUACACUGGAUUAUGGUCAUGAUUCUUAACUGUACGUAGAAGAGAUUUACUAUUCAUUAUUGUAA